CACCUGAUGAAACGGAUACCGCUGUCGGCCAUUUCUUCUUCUUCAAAAUCACCCCUCAGCCCUUGUACCAGAAACUGCUGAUUCCAUUUAAAAGCUAGUUUCGUUAGCUGCAUCGAACAAAACAAACAUCAAACUCAGUUCAAAGAUAAUAAUCAGACUAUCAAGAUAUUGCACCCGAAAGACUUUGCACCAGAACACUGAAAGCAUCUGCGUCGCCUGAAGGAACAUCAUGGGGAACCUGAUAUGCUGUACGAUUGAACGGCGUGUCUUUGAAAGUGAUACCCCGCCGGUUAAUCACGCAAAACAAACUGUCAACGGUAGAAACAAUGUUCAUGAGAAUAACGUGCAGUAUAUUGAGAUCAUGCAGCACAAUGGGUACGGGCUAGUUGAGCUGCAGGAUCAAGAAGGUGGUAUGAUGGGAGAGGUGAAACUGUCAGAAGCUGAACUGGCCGAGUUAAAAGAUAUAUUCGCCAUGUUUGAUAAGGAUAAUAGUGGAAGUAUUGAUGUUAAUGAGCUGGAAAGCAUGGUUUCAUCACUAGGAAUCACCGCAACUAAAGAAGACCUAAACGAUAUGAUCGCAGAAGCAGACAUCGAUAAGUCUGGAACGAUAGAAUUUGAUGAGUUUAAAACGUUGAUAGGGCCCCACUUUCAAAAGGAAAAGCCACCAGAGGAUUAUAUUGAUGCUUUUAACUUCUUUGAUAAGGAUGGGGAUGGCUUCAUAUCAAGGACAGAAUUACGAACCAUUAUGAACACGGUGGAUUCAAAACUGGCUGAAUCCGACAUUGAAGACAUGAUCAAAGAAGCGGACCAAAAUGGAGAUGGUAAAAUAGAUUUUGAUGAGUUCAUCAAAAUGAUGCAUCAGCAGUAGUUCCCUAGCUUCAAUAGGACAUUGAACAUUUGAAUGUCUUAUUUCUUGGGUUGUUAGCCGCUGGAAACCCGGAGGAGCAUUUGUCCGACUAGGUUAUCACAUAAGAAACGUCAAAAUAGCUUCUGACAACUUCACACUGAAGCAUAUCGAGGAUUUGAAUUGCAGACCGAUUCAAAUAUUCAUUAUUCACCAGCUGGUACAACACAGAUAAACAUUAUCGGGUGAUACUCGUAAAAUAUUAGUUCGUCGACGAGUCCAAACCGGCGCGCGUCUUGGUACUGGUACUGGUAGAUUAUAAACCUACAAAGAUAAACAAGGAUACUUUAAAUAAAAUGACCGUGGGGUAAGAGUUUUAGCAAUAGUAAUUGUAUAGGAGACUGCCUUCCGCCGAAUCAAACUUUGUUUCAUCUGAUCUGAUAAUGAUAAUGAUAUUAAGUUGGAAUGACAGCUUUUGCUUUUGGCUGGUGAAAAUAAUUUUUUGAUUUUUGGAAGUUAGUGUCUUAAUGAUGUUUGAAAAUAAUUUAUGUAUAAACAAGUAAAAUGAUUUUCGUCAUGGUUGAAACUUUUACCCCUAGCAAGAAAAAUUGAAUGUUUACCAAACCAUAGCAUUCUUCAAAGUUUAACGGUUCAAACAAUGCGAUUUAUCUGCCGCCAUGUUAUUGUUAGUUCAUAAUCUAAUGUUAAUAUUUUAUGCUUGUUUGUAUUUAUUUUUACCAAUUGAAAUCAUUUACUA